AUGACAACUUCUCGCGGCAAAGUUGGCUUCAUCGGCCUGGGCAGCAUGGGCGGACCCAUGGCGCUCAACAUCGCCAAGGCAGGCUUUGCCACCAAGGCGUUCGACCUCCGCGCUGAGGCGGUGUCAUCCUUCGUCUCGGCCUCGUCCGCCUUCUUCACACCGGGCACUGGCGCAACCUCGGUCGUGGACGCGGCGCAAGGCGCCGACUUUCUCAUCCUCAUGGUGGUCAACGACGCCCAGGCGCGCUCGAUACUUCUCUCUCCCACAUCCACCGAGGCGUUACGCACAGCAUUGUCGGUCCUCGCGCCGAACGCACACGUGAUCCUCAUGGCGACCUGUUCUCCCGGGUCGGUGUUGCAGCUUUCGCAGGACAUUCAAACGGCUCGCUCGGACAUCGUGCUUGUUGACGCGCCCGUCUCUGGUGGCGUCUCUGGCUCGACAAACGGCACGCUGACGAUCAUGGUUGGCUGUCCUACCGCUGCCUUCGAUCACGUUAGGCCCGUGUUGGGGGCGAUGGGCGAUAAGCUGCACCACAUGGGCGAGGAACCAGGUAAAGGCAACAGCAUGAAGGCGAUCAACCAAGUGCUGUGCGGCAUUCACGUCGCUGCCGCCGCAGAAGCCCUUGCGCUCGCCAAGAAGAUGGGCGUGGAUGCAUCACACGCGCUCGAGAUCGUCAGCACUUCUGCUGCGAGCAGCUGGAUGUUGAGAGACAGAGGACCGAGAAUGUUGCAGGACGAGCCAGAGACGCACUCUAUGACCCAGAUCUUUGUUAAGGAUCUAGGAAUUGUCGCUGAGGCCGGGAGGGAGGUCGGUGCGGCGCUGCCACUGAGUGUCGCCGCGCACCAGAUGUUUGUGGCGGGUGUGGGGAGGGGCCAGAAGUACAUGGAUGACUCGAGCGUGAUCAGGUGCUAUGAUGCACUGAAUGGCCAGGGCGAGUAG